AUGGCGCGGCGCAAGACGAAGGAGAGCAAGCGCAGGGCGGCGCAGGCGGGGAAGGAGGAGGAGGCGGCGGCGCAGAUGGCCCCGGACGAGAAGGUUCCGCGGACCAUGAUGUUCGCGCGCGGGAAGGUCAACAUUCUCCUCAAGCGCCUCGUGCAGGACAUGCGCAAAAUGCUGCUGCCUUUCACCGCGCUCAAGCUCAAGGUCCGCUCUCGCGGGAACGCGCGCUCUUCCCGCUUCUCCCCCGCUCCCCCUCUCCCCCGUCUCCCCCCUCUCCUUCCCCCCCAAUCCCCCGGCGCGACCAUCUCCGCACCUCUCUUCCUCGUCAACCAACAGCGCCCAAUGUUUCGGGCCGUUUCCUCCCCGUUCCCUCGCGCCCUUACUGAAUCCAGGAAAAACAACCUCAAGGACUUCCUCCACGUGGCAGGCCCUCUGGGUGUGACGCACUUCCUGAUGCUCUCCAAGUCUGACGUGUCUCCUUACCUGCGCGUCGCACGCACGCCACGUGGUCCCACCCUCACCUUCCGCGUCCUCGACUACUCCCUCGCUGCUGACGUGGCGAAAUCCCAGAGGCGCCCGUACGUGCCAGCUGGCGUGUUCGAGGCGCCGCCACUGGUGGUGAUGAACGGCAUGGGGGCAAGUGGCAAAGGCACGGAGCAUCUGAAGCUGAUGACCAUCAUGUUCCAAAACAUGUUUCCACCCAUCAACGUCUCCACUGUGAAACUCUCCGAUUGCAGGCGUGUCCUGCUCCUGAACCACGACCCUGCCAGUGGGACUAUUGACAUGCGCCAUUACGCCAUCACCGCCCGCCCCGUGGGGGUGUCAAAGCCGCUGCGCAAUCUCGUGCACCACCACGCACUGCCCAACCUCAGCCACCUCUCCGAUAUCAGCGAACUCGUUACAAGGCCAGCUGCUUACCCUUCAGACAGUGAGGCGGACGAGGGGAGUCGAGUGCAGGCCCCCCAGGACAUGGGGCGGGGCGUGCGGGCGGCGCAGCAGAGCCAGGUGAAGCUGCACGAGCUGGGGCCACGUGUCACGCUGCUACUGGUCAAGGUGGAGGAGGGGCUUUCCAAUGGCGCAGUGAUGUACCACCGAUUCGUUGAGAAGACAGCAGAGGAGGAGGCGGAGUUGCAGCGGAGGGCAGAGGAGCGGCAGAGGGAGAAGAAGAGGCGGAAGGAGGAGCAGGAGGCAAAUGUGCGGAGGAAGAAGAUGCUCAAGGCAUCCAAGGGCAAGGCAGCUGAGGGGGAGGAUGGGGAGGACAGCGAUGGGGAGGAAGAGCAAGGGAAGGCGGUGGGGGCGAGGGAGGGCGAGGGGGAGGAGGAGGAGGAGGAUGACGUGGACUGGUACCGCAAGGAGGUUGGGGAGGAGCCCGAUGACAUCAAUCCUGGUGGUAACGACAUCAAGGAGGAUGAUGUGGACUGGUUUCGCAAGGAGGUUAGUGAGGAGGAGCUUGAUGACAGUAAGUGGUUUCCUUCCCUCCUUGUUCUGUUUCCUCGCUCUGCCGCUCCUGCUCUCCGCUGCUCCCUCACGUGCAAGGAGGUCGACGAGGAGCCUGAUAACAAGGGGGGGAAGCAGGUGGAAGAGGGGGAGGGAGUGGGGGACGAGGGGGGCGAGGGGGAGGUGGGCGUGGGGAGUGGUCGCCGUCAGGGCGUGGUGGAGGGAGGGGAGGACGAGGAGGGAUGA